ACCGCUGAUGCCUUUCCCCUCUGCUCUCUGUUGGCCUGCAGCUGCUGUGGUUACUGUUUCCAAAUUCCAAAUGUUUUUGUUUUUAUUUUAAUAUCAAAAAAUUUACAGAUUAUUUGAAACUUUUUUUGCCAUAUAACUUCAAUGCUGCGAUAUAUGUAAUAUUCUAAUGUAACAGUGUUUGUGCUUCAAGUUAUACGAAUCAAAAAAAAUUUUAAGAAAGUGGCUCUUUAAUUUUGUUACAAAUAAAGAUUCAAAAUGCCAGGCUUAGGAAGGAUGUCACUUGAUAAUAUGUUCUGUACGAGGUGUGGAGAUGGUUUUGAGCCAAAUGAGAAAAUUGUUAAUUCUAAUGGUGAACUUUGGCAUACAAACUGCUUUGUAUGUGCACAAUGUUUUCGUGUUUUCCCUGAUGGAGUGUACUACGAAUUUGAAGGACGGAAAUAUUGCGAAAGGGACUUUCAAGUGCUCUUUGCACCCUGUUGUGGCAAAUGUCGUGAAUUUGUGAUUGGUCGUGUCAUUAAGGCGAUGAAUGCCAACUGGCACCCAGCAUGUUUCCGCUGUGAAGAAUGUAACAUGGAGUUAGCUGAUGCUGGUUUCAUUAAAAACGCUGGACGCGCCUUGUGCCAUACAUGCAACGCGCGUAUUAAGGCAGAUGGCUUGCAAAAUUACAUUUGCCAUAAGUGCCAUGGUGUGAUAGAUGGUGAGCCGCUACGUUACCGUGGGGAAGUGUACCACGGGUACCACUUUAGUUGUGCCACGUGUGGGGUUGAGCUCGAUCACACCGCACGGGAGGUCAAGAAUCGACCUGGGUACGCUGCUAAUGAUGUGAAUAAUCUAUUCUGCCUCCGUUGCCACGACAAAAUGGGAAUACCGAUAUGCGGUGCGUGUCGCCGUCCCAUUGAAGAGAGGAUUGUAACUGCGCUCGGCAAGCAUUGGCAUGUUGAGCACUUUGUUUGCGCUAAAUGCGAGAAGCCUUUCCAUGGCCACCGCCAUUAUGAGAAAAAGGGUCUUGCUUACUGCGAACAGCACUAUCAUCAACUGUUUGGCAACUUGUGCUAUGUGUGCAACCAGGUCAUUGCUGGCGACGUGUUCACAGCGCUGAACAAGGCGUGGUGUGUGCACCAUUUCGCUUGCUCAGUGUGCGACAGCGCACUGUCCACCCGUAGCAAGUUCUACGAGUACGACGAGCGGCCCGCGUGCCGCCGCUGCUACGAGCGCUUCCCGUCCGAGCUGCGCCGCCGCCUACGCCGCGCACACCACUACACCAUGCGCAGGAACUAACUGCGCACACACACACAAGUGCUACGUGUGCUACGAGCGGCCUGCUUGCCGCCGCUGCUACGAGUGCUUCCCGCCCGAUCUGCAUCACUACAUCAUGCGCAGGGACUAACUGCGCACACACAGACACACACAUACACACAUUACACCAUACACAAGUACACAUACACAUAAGUAACGAGUACAACGAAUGGCGGGCGCUGCACACACACACACACACACACACACACCAUCUGCAGGACCUAACCAGCACCCACGCGAACAAAGCGCAUUCGCACGCUCACAUAUCUGCGUAUCACUGCAGACAUACACUUAGUGCGCAAGAAUUUGCGCAUAUACGUACCGUGCACUACACGGUGCGCACAUUCACUUUACGCUGAAACUACAACUGCUGCACAAACGCUCAUACAGUCACACGCACUCACACACACACACACACAAACAAUACAUACACAAAACCAAUGUCGCAUACUACACCAUGUGUAGAAACUAGAAUCUGAUUACGCACAACCUUCAAGCAAAUAUACCACACACAAAUAC